CGGCGCGAGGUCGGGCGGCGGGCGGAGGUGUGGGCUCUGUCCUGCGGAGUCAUGCUCCCGCUUCCCUGAUCUCGCUCAGGCUCUCCUCGCCCUUCGCUUUACAGGUGGCUGUGGGAUCCUGGCCUCGGAAGCCCGCCGCUCUGCCCGGUGUCCGCCAGCAGAUCCUCUGACCCUGGCGGCCUCGCUUUGCGCAUUCUCAGGUCUGCAUCUACCACAUGGCAGGCCUGUUCCCACCACCGCCUGGUCCCACGUUUGUCCUCCGAGGCACACAGUCACCUGUGAACACGCUGCAUUUCUGCCCAGCAUCCCAAGCUCUGGGGAACCCACUCCUUUUCUCGGGGUCUCAGAGUGGCCUGGUGCACAUCUGGAGCCUGCAGACCAGAAGAAUAGUUGCCACUCUAAAUGGCCACAGGGGCCAGGGUGUAACCUGGCUGAAGACACUGCCCCAGGGGCACCAGCUCCUCAGCCAGGGCCGGGACCUGCGGCUGUGCCUGUGGGAUUUGGCAGAGGGCAGGAACACCAUCAUGGACGCAGUUCAGUUGGACAGUGUGGGCUUCUGCAAGAGCUCAGUCCUGGCCAGGGGACAGCUAUGUUGGAUGCUUGCUGUGCCUGGGAAGGGCAGCGAUGAGGUUCAGAUUCUGGAGAUGCCAUCCAAGACGUCAGUGUGCACCCUGAAGCCGGAGGCAGAUGCCAAGCCAGGCAUGCCCAUGUGCCUGGGGCUGUGGCAGGCUAACUCCAGUCCCCGCCCUCUCCUUCUGGCUGGCUAUGAGGAUGGAUCGGUAACCCUGUGGGACAUCUCGGAGCGGAAGGUGUGCAGCCGAAUCGCCUGCCAUGAAGAACCUGUCAUGGGCCUUGACUUCGACUCUCAGAAGGCCAAGGGCGUCUCGGGCUCUGCCGGGAAGGUGCUGGCUGUCUGGAGUCUGGACAGCCAGCAGUCCCUGCAGGUGUACAAGACUCAGGAACUCACCAAUCCUGGGAUUGCCGAAGUCACCCUCCGGCCAGACCACAAGAUCUUAGCCACAGCAGGCUGGGACCAUCGCAUCCGUGUGUUUCACUGGAGGACAAUGAAGCCACUGGCUGUUCUGGCCUUCCACAGCGCCUCUGUGUACUGCGUGGCCUUCGCCACCGAUGGCUUGCUUGCUGCGGGGUCCAAGGACCAGCGUAUCAGCAUCUGGUCACUCUACCCCUGCCCGUGACCUAGCUGUCGGACGCUGCUGUCUUACUCCAGUCUUGACCUGGCCCUGUGGAAAGUCCUCAGGGCCUCUGAGGACAGCAAAUGGUGGCCAAAGGUCUGUGGAAGCCACUUUCUUCCAAAGGUUCUCCGUUCCUUUUGUGACAUGUCAUUCAGAUGACAGUACCUGAUGAUGAUAGACACCUGGCCCUGUAGCUUGGUAAGAGGCAUAGCUUGGACCUGGUAGGAUGGCCAGCCUGAACAUAUUUGACAAUAAAUUUCCCAUUGCCGACCCGAAGGCUCAAGGUGGGAACUGUCCAUGGAGAUAUCCCUGUGUUCUCCCCUUAGAGUCAGAGUAGUCAGAUCCCAAGCAGGCCCGUCAUCCGUCUUACUUUAAGCAGGCAGUUCUGGGUGCAGGUACUCAGGGCUUGGCCUUGGGAGGCUGUCAAUCCCACAGUGGCUGUCCGCCACAUCCCCCUGGCUUAUUGUCCCAGAAAUGGUCAGGAACUCCUGACAUCCAAGGCCAGGAUGAGGAAAGGAUGAAACUGAGCUCCCUAAAGGGAGGUGGGAGUGGGUUGAUGGGGUGACCGAGUGGCUAGGGAAGGAGGCACUGUGGGAUGCAGUGCAAGCCAGACAGAAGACCGAGAGAGGAGGCGCUAGCCUCUGAAGGGAUAAGGUAAAGGGGACAGCCCAGAAACCAACUGAGACAGGCCACAAGCCAGAGCCCUCUCUAGUACCCAGGGCACAAGCACAGCCAUAAGGAACAUGGCCUUACUUAGGAGUGAGGGCCCAAAGCCUCUUUGAGCAUGUGGCUGACUGGUGAGCUGCCUCUGAGGUAGUGUCGACAGGUUGGGCAUUGUAGACCGCAAAGGUGAGGACGCAGCUGAGGAGGGGGACCUUGGACCCUCCUUUAGAAGAAUCCUGUACCCUGAAGAGCUGGAGCACCCCAGUGCUGCCCUGCCAGGCACUGCUGACCUUAAGAGUCCCAACUCCACUCUGGGGCUCUGGUCUAUGACCAAACUCUACACAUAGCCUGCCGAGGCCAAAUGUGUCUGUGCCACAGCCUGAUGUCCCCAAGCUUGGGGCACAUGUGGGAAGACAGCAAAGGAGUGUGUGGUCCGGGUCAGAUAUAUGCAGCAAAAACUAUGGCUUGGUGUCACAGCUCCAGGGCCAGAGAAGGCUCAGUUGGGUCGGUGCCAGGUUGGUUAAACACAGUCCAAGGGGUGUCCAUAAUGGGAAGCGAAGAAGCCCAGUUGGAAGAGGAAAUGGUUGGGAGAUGGGAACAUGACCUUCUUCAGGUGGGUUGGGAGGAUGUUCCUUUUGCCCCACACUGAGGGGGCAGUUGCCAGGGGAGCCCAGCAUCUUCAGAGGGCUUCAUGGUUGCUUCUCUCUGUAUGCCUGUGAAAGGUAUGGCUUCAACUGAAGCCAUGAGAUGUUACCACAGCAACUGCAGCCCCAGCUUGGAAUUUCUAAAUGCAGUGGGGAUCUAAGCUGCCAAUGUAUAAAAGGUGGCACUUAGUUGCCAAGGACAGGCGGGAAUGCUUCCUUCAAUAGGCUAUGAAUCGGGAGCUGCCCUCAGCAGAAUCUGACCAGCAGAGGUCUGUGACAGGGCUGACUGUCCUGGAGUCCCUAGAGACAGGGCGGGCCAACUUGAUACACAUAGGCAGAAGCGUUUAGAUCUAUGAGCGGUCUGACCCUGGGCACCAAAGCAGCCCUUGACCAUAGGCACAGGCCUCUUCACUCUUGGAAGAAAGUCCCUGCUAGAGUACUAGCAAGACACACUGCUCAUCCCUCUCCCAGACUCCCCCAGGGGACCUGACACCCUGUCCCAAGUGUCCUGUUUGUGUUACCCUGUUUAAGUUCUGAUACCAAGUCCCUAAAUAUUAGGCCCUGUAGCUUUGAGCAUCUGAAGUUUGGACAAGGCCCCAAGUUUCUCAAGGUAAAGGGUGGGGUGCCUUGGCCUCUCCCUACCCUCUUCCAGAGUUUCUAAGGGAGGAGAGGAGGGAGAAAGACGGACAAAUGAAAGGGAGAGGGGGGAUGUCACGAGCUUCCUGUGUGUCUUGGGCAGGGAGAAGCUGGAGCGUGCCUCUUACAGUCCCAGUGUGAACUGUCCCCAUCAGCCCGUGUGUCUGAACGCUUGGUACCCAGAUGGUGGUGCCAGUUGGGAAGAUUGUGGACCUUCAGGAGGGAGAGACUCUGGAAGAAGUGGGUCCCUCCCACUGCCCUUCCUGACUAGUGCAGUGUGACCUACCACUUCACCACGUGAACUGUGUACCCUCAAAACCAUAAGCCGGAUGGUGCUUCUGUGCAGGUAUUCCGUCACAGUGAUGGGACUUACACAGCCGCUCUCCAUCCCCAGGGAGCCCAAGGCAGGAGUGGAGAGUCAGUCCCAGCUGUCCAUGCUGUGGGGUAGUCUUUCUGUACACUGUGAAGAUGUGUCUCUGCCUAAGGCCCCUUCUGAUGGGUUUAAUGAAGAGCUGAAUGGCCAAUAGCUAGGCAGGAGAGGAUAGGUGGGACUUCCGGGGAGAAAGAGGAACUGAGGAAGAAUCUGAGGCUUGCGGGAUUAAGCCAGCGAGCCUCAGUAUGGAGCAGUAACGAGCCACAUGGCAGAACAUAGAUUAAUAUAAAUGGGUUAAUUUAAGUUAUAAGAGCUAGUUGGGAACAAGCCUAAGAUAAGGCCAGACUUUCAUAAUAUUAAGUCUCUGUUUCCUUAUUUGGGAACUGGUGGUACAAAGGAAGUCCGACAGCUUUGUAGGGCACAGGCUAGUGCUUCAGUGGCCCCUUAAGAGAAGUUGCGGCGGAGCCUGAACUUUAAUCCCAGCACCCGGGAGACAGAGGCAGGUGGAUAUCUGACCCCAGGCCAUCUUGGGCUAUGAAGAAAGACCUGGUCAAAGAUUGUGUAUGUGGUGGGGGGGCAGGGUUUUAGGAAAAUUGGGGAGCCCAUUUAUGAGUGGGAAAGAUAGCCCAGUUCUUGUCCGUGCCCAGACUGUGGUGUGAUACCCCAGCAGCACCGUGCAGCGCUGCCCUUUAGUUGCCUUUCCCCAGCACCUUUGGAGAUGAUCUCCCAGCCUGUGUGGGUCACUAUGGCUGCCUCAGGAAGCCUAGCUCUGCUGAACUUUCCCCGCCCCUUCCUGUCACACACCUGGAGGUGGCAGCCAGUGGGCAGCGCCAUGGGUUUCCUGGGACCCUUCUGUCCAUGGCCUCGUGGCUAGAUAGCUGCUUCCUCCUCUGAGGAAGGAGACUCACAGAACUCAUUCUAAGACUCUCAAGGCCCCUCCCCAAAGCUACAGGAAGCAGUAUCAGUUACUGGGGAGAGAGCACUCUCCAGUGGCGCUGCCUGCAGGUUGGACAGGGAGCUGCAGGCAUGCAGAUGCCUGCAGAUGGAGAGGUCCCCAGUGCUGGCAUGGGUCAUCUCAGCUGCCUUUGCGCCACCUACGCUUCUGCAGGUAACUCCAGUGAAGUCAUUGGUUCACUAAGGCAGACUCGGGUGAGACGCUUUCUUUUCCUAUCUGUGUCCAGUGUGGGGUGGAUAGAUGCUUGUACAUGUCUCCCCAGGAAAAGGCAUACCACAGAGGGAGUGGGAUGUGGAAGAACCACAGCGCCUAUCUGUACAUGGGAUGCUCUGGGUACCCAUGUACUCAGUACAUGGUCUGCAUGAUGGGGGCCGUGUACAUCCAACCCUGUAGUUUCUUUCCCAAACCCAAAACUUGCUGUUUUCUUUCUUGUUUCCUUUGGGAGUCAUUUUAAAUUGCAUCGUCCACAUUGGCUGAGCCAUGAGGCCUCCAUGAAAGUGGUCCCUGUGUCUGGGCAAACAGCGGCUUCCUAUCAGUUGCAGCAAAGGAGUCACCCAGAACAGAACUGCCGCCCAGAAGCAGCACCUGAGGUCCCAUGCCUGCACUGUGCGUGUUCUCAGAACAAGCCAGGGGCUCCUGGAGGCAGAGGCAGAGCCCCAGACCAGUCACCCGAGAGAGGCAGAAGCCACUCAUCUGCCUCCCGGUGGCUGCCCACAUCCUUUUCCAUCACGGGAGACUACUCACAGCCAUGGAAAAUGAGUGCCGGAAAUAGUGGCGGCAUUUCUUGUGCUCAUUGGUGGUUCUGGGUUGGUGUAUUCCGUCAUAACAUCCUUUCCAUCUGGCUUUUCUAUGUAGCCAAGGCUGCCCUAGAAUUCUAUCCCUCUAUUUCUGCCUCCUGAGUAUGAGAUUACCUGUCCGCCUCCAUACCCAACUUCCCUGUUGGGUGUCUCUGAGUCAGGAGCACAGGCACAAGAUGAUUGUCCUUAGCAUUUCAAGGGGGCAGCCAGGCGAUGGAAAGAUGGUUCCUUACCUGAUCCUAGCAGAUGCUGUGGCUGACGAGCAAGGCUCUGAACUCCAGAGGACCUGCCCCAAGUCCUGCCCCACAUUCCCUCUAUCUGGCAAAUAGGGUAGCCUUAAGAAUUCCCGCUUGGUAACUUUGGUAGCUCGGUCUAAGGUUUGGAUGCUGCUGUAGUCUGUGAGCUCCAGCAGAGAUGCCUAGCAGCUUCGCUGCUGCAGCUGACCCAGUAGACUCACAGGGACUCAAGCCCUGGCAUCGUGGUGUGGCCACCUGAAUAGAUGUUGCCUUGGACCUCUCUACGCCCACCCCCUUCUGGACUCGCAGCUCCUCAGUGAGGCCGUUGAUAGCGCUCCAGCCCGAGGGUAGUCAGCACCUGCCUAGUGCUGUGCUGCUGCUAGGCCCCUCUGGGACAAGUGACCCUGGUAGCCUUGUCUUCUGUUCCCUGGAUAACUUUUUGCCAGCUAGUUGGGGUUUUGGGUUUUGUUGUUGUUGUUUGUGAACUUGACACAGCUAGGGUCAUUUGGAAAGAAUUCUUAAAUCGAGAAAACGCCUUUAUAUGGCAAGUCUGCCUGGUACUUUCUUGAUUAAUGAUUGACUCAGGUGGUGCCAACUCUGGGCAGAUGGUCCUGAGUUGUAUAAAGAAGCAGGCUGAGCAAGCCAUGGGGAGCAAGCCAGUAAACAGCAUUCCUCCAUGGCCUCUGCUUCAGUUGCUGCCUCCAGGUUCCUGCCUUGAGUUCCUGGCCUGACUUCCUUUGGUGAUGGACUGUGACCUGAGAGUUGUAAGAUCAAAUAAAUCCUUUCCUCCCCAA